AUGGCGGCCACGUCAAUUAUACUGGCUGUGGUGAUAGUACUUGUGCCUUACUGUGCAUACCUGUGGCACCUGUACCUCAUAUCAUUCAUAAUGGGCAUUGGCUAUGGAGUCUAUUUCAAUAGUAAUAACGUAUGGAUACUGGAGCUGUUUGAGGACAAUGCGGGGCCCAUAUUUCAACUAUCUGGUUUUGUCUAUGGUAUCGGCACAAUACUGGGGCCCCUACUAUACCAGUCCUAUGUCACCGGCGAGAUCGUCCCCUUAACCGAUGAUAAUAUAGCGGUGGCCAUCGUUGAGACCAAUGGCAACGCUACCGGUGGCGGGUUUGUGGUAGACUUGCCGUGGAUUGCCAUCAAUAGCACCGAUACCCUGGCCUUUGACGAUGACUGGGAAGGCCUGUCAUCUACCAGACGGUCCCAACUGAAGGUCCCUUUCUUUAUAAGCGGACUCUUAAUACUCAUUGGUGGUGUUACACUACUAGUGCUGUACAUAUUCCGAAAAUACCGUAUAAAUCGUGUUGAGAUCGUGAAGGGGUGCGACGGCCCGCCCGGAGCGGACAGUCGGGUCACCGGCAAUACACUAUACGGCAAACUAAUAAUCAUAUUAUGUAUGUUAUUGUUCUCAUUUCAUUGCGCUUCGGACGACUCGUACGUACAGUUCGCGGCCACAUAUCUACAGUACAUACCACUCGGCCUGAGCGCCGGUGCGUCGGCCAAAAUCGUCUCAUACAUGGGACUAGCGUUCACUCUAUCCCAAGCGGUAUCAGUGGUGGUGGCCCUAAAGCUGCGACCCCACUGGAUGUUGGGCUAUCAUUUUUUGAUCAUGCUGGCGGGCAUUUUGCUCAUGUACUUUGGCAAACAUAGCCUGGGUAUGAUGUGGGCGGGCAUACUGGUGAUGGCCGUGGGUAUCGGUGCCGUGUUUCCACUCAUAUUCAGUUUUAUGGCCCAACAGAUUGAUGUGACCGAUAGGAUUGGCACCUUGCUCAAUUUUUCAUCUAAAAUACCCGGCUUGUUUGUGCCCACUAUAAUUGGUAUGCUGGUUGAAAAGCACCCGGAGUGCACGGGUGCGUUGGCUCGGGUGGCGCCCACCUAUACCUCACAAAAGGCCACAUUCGUCAAGAGCGAUGACUGGCGCCACUUCACUCGCCCGGGGCUGAAGACACCGCACGACCACAACCUUCAGGCGCCGUCCCUCAAGAUAUUUGUCUAUCUGGGCAUUGCUGGCGCAUUCAUUGGCUGUUUGAACAACUUUGUCGACUGGCGGGACCCGUUCGGGAAGUAUCCCCGAAACCAUUUCGACAAACCUAAGACUAGUGGCUAAACAUUAAUGAUUUAUGUUUUUUGUUUGUUUGUAAUUAAACAUUAAAUUAAUGUUUAAUUGAGUUUAAUGUUUGAUAAUUAGUUUUAUUAUUUAAAUUUAAAAUAGGGU